UUGUUAUUAGGGGGAGAAUGGUUAUAUGGGUCUGUGGCAGAACUGUAGUAAUACAAAGUGUCAAGGUCUAUCAAACCCAUCAGGUGCUGUUAUUGGUGUAAGAGCAAUGCUGUGUAUGUCAUUAAUGUCAGGAUUGAUUGGCUGGGCUGUUGGUAUGGUAGCACUGAUAGCUCAUAAACCUCGUUUCUUAUUCACAGUUGCACUGGCCUUUGGAAUACAAGCUUUCCUGUGGUUCAUUGCAUGGUCUAUUGGUGUACACAAAAGAAUUGAAGUCCAACAAAGGAGCCAGUCAAGGAUGGUCAUACUACUCUAUAGGAUGGCUUGGGUUCUUCCUUGUUGUCUUCAGUGUCAUUUAUUACGUUUUUGCUGGUGUGUAUCGACUCAAGAAACCUCAAAGUAG